GGGAGGGUCGGAUUCCCCAGCCCUCCAGCCCCCAAGCACUGGUGGACCGGGGGCCGAGACUGGUUAGGGUGGAAGGACCCUCUUAGCUCCUUCCGGGUGCAGGCCCCGCUCCGGGCUCCCGGGGCAGCGGAGAGGGCCGCCAGUCUGGUGCUCGCCAAGAGGGGAGAGCCGCCGAGUUAGGCCACGAGGGGGCGCUGCGGAGCUGGGGGACACCCCUCCCUGUCCUCCUCAGUCCCCCGCCCCCUCCCCGCCCGCGCGCAAAACAUACUCGCCCCAGAGGCAGCGCCGCGGAGCCGGACCCGCGGCCGGAGCGAAGCCGGAGAACGGCGGUGGCGGCGGCGGCACCAUGACCCUGGGCAGCUGCUGCUGCGAGAUCAUGUCCUCCGAGAACUCUCCGGCCGCGCUGUCCGAGGCGGACGCAGACAUAGACGUGGUGGGCGGCGGCGGCGGCGGUGGCAGCAGCGGCGGUGGGGGGGAGCUCCUCGCUCGCUCCGGGCCCCGGGUCCCCCGGGACGCGCUCCCGAACGGCCCCGAGCCGCCCUCGGAGGAAGCCGAGGCGGACGCCGCGGAGGAAGAGGAGUCGGGCGGCUGCUCGGACGGCGAGCCCCGCGCUCUAGCGCCCCGGGGGGCUGCGGCCGCAGCGGGGAGCCCCGGGCCGGGCGCGGCGGCGGCGGCGGCGGCGGCCCGAGGCGCGGCGGGGCCCGGGCCGGGGCCGCCGUCGGGGGGCGCGGCGACGCGGAGCCCGCUGGUGAAGCCGCCCUACUCAUACAUCGCGCUCAUCACCAUGGCCAUCCUGCAGAGCCCCAAGAAGCGCCUGACGCUGAGCGAGAUCUGCGAGUUCAUCAGCGGGCGCUUCCCCUACUACCGGGAGAAGUUCCCCGCCUGGCAGAACAGCAUCCGCCACAACCUCUCGCUCAACGACUGCUUCGUCAAGAUCCCCCGCGAGCCGGGCAACCCGGGCAAGGGCAACUACUGGACGCUGGACCCGGAGUCGGCAGACAUGUUCGACAACGGCAGCUUCCUGCGGCGCCGCAAGCGCUUCAAGCGGCAGCCCCUGCCGCCGCCGCCACACCCACACUCGCACCCGCACCCAGAGCUGCUGCUGCGUGGCGGGGCCGCGGCGGCGGGGGACCCCGGCGCCUUCCUGCCUGGCUUCGCCGCCUACGGCGCCUACGGCUACGGCUACGGGUUGGCGCUCCCCGCCUACGGCGCCCCCCCUCCCGGCCCGGCCCCGCACCCGCACCCGCACCCACACCCGCACGCCUUCGCUUUCGCCGCUGCCGCCGCCGCCGCCGCCACUGCUCCCUGCCAGCUGUCGGUGCCCCCCGGCCGUGCCGCUGCGCCUCCGCCCGGACCUCCGACGGCCUCGGUGUUCGCGGGAGCGCCCUCCGCUCAGGCCCCGGCGCCAGGCACGGGGUCGGGCCCGGGCUCGGGACCCGCUGGCCUUCCCGCCUUCCUGGGCGCAGAGCUGGGCUGCGCCAAAGCCUUCUACCCCGCGUCCUUGAGCCCCCCUGCAGCCGGCACCGCGACCGCCGGCCUGUCCACCGCGCUCCUGCGCCAAGGCCUCAAGACGGACACGGGCGGCGGUGCGGGCGGCGGGGGCACCGCCGGGGCCGGGCAGAGGCCUUCCUUCUCCAUAGACCACAUCAUGGGCCACGGUGGCGGCGGCGGCGGCGGCGGGACUGCACCCCCGGGCGGAGGCGAGGGCUCGCCGGGAUCGCCGUUCGCUGCGGCGGCGGGUCCAGGAGGUCAAGCCCAAGUCUUGGCCAUGCUGACUGCCCCUUCCUUGGCUCCUGUGGCCGGCCACAUCCGCCUCUCGCACCCUGGGGAAGCCCUCCUGUCCUCAGGGCCCCCGUUUGCCGGCAAAGUGGCCGGCCUCAGUGGCUGCCACUUCUGACCGCGUCGGGGCUCAGGGCCCCUGGUGCCCGCCCUCAGCCUCUCCCGGCGGCUCCCCCGGUCGGUCCCAGCGGAACUCAGGGAGUCUAUUGGCGAAGAGUCUCUCCAGACCUUGGGCCGGAUCGCUCGCGCCACUUGGCUCCGCGU